GCUGCUUUAAUUUCGUUAAAGUACUGAACUCGUGCAUCAAUUAAACGUGUCAUAAAUGCAUAAAUAUUCCCAGUCCAUUUCAAUUAAACAGAACCCUUAAAUCUGCACGGUCAUGAAAACGUAUCGGCAUCGCCAAUGGCGAAAAGCUUAUCCGAAAGCUUGAUGAAGAGACGUUUCGACAAAUAUAAAUGAUGCACCGGUGCAACGACUUGUUUCGGUGCGGUGUCUCUUGUCAUCGAGGCUCCAUCUCUAGCGAAUGGAACGAAUCUUACGGAUUCUCCGUACGUUGCCAAAUUGGCUAGCGCGAAGACAAAAGGGAAAUCGCCAAGAGCAAGGGUCGAAGUAGAAUCGUUUCAGUGUCGGCUGAGCCUCGGUUCGUUAACGUACUCGAUAAUUGGACGAACACCCUCAGCAACUUUAGUCGACGAUCGCCAGCGCCCCUUUCCCUCUUCUUCUUCUUCCGCGCUACCUUGGAUUUUUUUCAAUGAUUUCACCCGGUGACGCGACGUUCUUAUAAAUAGUCCGGCAAAGUGCGUAAAUCAGUGCCCCGUUGCCUCGUGAAAGUUACUCCAGAAAUUUCUUUUCUUUUUCAUUUUCCCACCAGAAAACGAGUUCCUCCCUUCUCGCGAUAAAAGAUGAGAACGAACAGUGGCGAAUUUGUUUAAGAAACACCAGGAUAAAAUAUAAGGGAAAUCGGUGUGAAGUGAACGAUUUGGAGAUUUUAUUGUGAGUGAAAGUGACAUAGUGAAGUGAACAUAGAAGCGAGUGUGCGCGGGAAUAUCGAAAAGAUCGGAGGAUGUGAUUCGAAGGGGUCACAGGGCAGAGAAAACGCGGCAAGAUCGAGAAGCGGAUGUGGUGCAAACGAUUGAUCUGGAUUUUCCAAUGGCUCUGGACAGGCUGCGAUAUUUGGCUCUGACGAUGAGUUCUUUAUUCGUUGUGCUUUAAGAGCAUCCGCUGGUGCGGUUCUCGGCCCCCCGCUCGAAGGUGGCUUAAACUUAGACGCCGAAAUUCCGCUGCAACUCGGGUCGAAAUACGAGUUGGAUUCUAAGCGUGCUCAACACUGAGUCGUUGUUCGAGAAACACAGAUUUUUUCUGUGUCUUCGUAGUCUUUCUUUUUUUUUUUUUUUUUUUUUUUUAUAACACAUAUCGCGAGUAGCUGGCACUAAAUAAGAUAGCAAAGUCCACGCGUGUGGCUAGAUCUACAAGCAUUUAUUUUUACCGAUCACCGACCUUUCGUUGUCACGUUGCAAAGCAAAGAAAGAGAGGAAAAAAGAGAGAAAGAUGAUAUUUAAUCCGAUCGAUCGGUCAAUGAUGACCAGUUAAAAUAAUUAUCUGCACGAAUAGAGUGAGAGAUAAAAAUCCGGUGUGUCCUUUGAAGAGAGAAAAGCAGAAGAAGAGAAAGAAUGGAUGGAUCGACGUUAAAAACACUUUCACCGAGUUCCUCGGGAUCCGGAAAGAUCCACUUGGGCGAGGGAAUGGCGUUAUCCGGCCUACGGAGAGCGUUGUCUCAAGUGUCGAUGCUGGUCGUUAAGGCGACCACGUCAGGGGAAGCUGCUUGGAGGGAAGAAUUGCAGAAUAUGCACGAAGCACCUUCGAGAUUGACUGUAUUUCCAACAAAGAGUUACGACAACACCGUAUACCGGCAAACAAGAUUCAGCUCGCGACGGAUACGCAAAAGAGUGGUUUUCAAGCACGGCGAUUGCAAUGUCGUACAAGGAAAUGUCGCCAAGAGACGGCGCCGUUACCUUCAGGAUAUUUUCACGACGCUGGUGGACGCACAAUGGCGUUGGACUCUCCUGGUGUUCUCCAUGAACUUCCUAUUGUCAUGGCUCGGUUUCGCCCUGAUAUGGUGGCUGAUAGCGUACAGCCACGGCGACCUCGACCUGGAAAAUCAGAACAAUCCAAACAUAACGUUCACCCCGUGCAUCAGGGAGAUUCGUGGAUUCACCAGUUCCUUCCUAUUUUCCAUCGAGACGCAGCACACGAUCGGGUACGGGUCGAAACAUCCAACAGACGAGUGUCCAGAGGCCGUGUUCGUGAUAUGUAUCCAGUCAAUGACAGGUGUGAUCCUGCAGGCCUUCAUGGUCGGCAUAGUUUUCGCGAAACUAUCCCGGCCAAAGAAGAGAACGCAGACGUUGCUGUUUUCAAGGAACGCUGUGAUCUGUCAGAGGGAUGGACAACCCUGUUUGAUGUUCCGUGUCGGUGACAUGAGGAAGAGUCACAUCAUCGAGGCUCACGUCAGAGCCCAGAUGAUCAAAAGGAAGGUUACCAGAGAAGGAGAACUGCUGCCGUUCUUCCAAACAGAAUUGAAAGUGGGCGGCGAUGGCGAGGAGGACAAGAUAUUCUUUAUUUGGCCAACGACGAUCGUUCACAAGAUCGACGAAAAGUCGCCUCUUUAUCAUAUAUCAGCCAGCGAUAUGCUCAGGGAACGAUUCGAGAUUAUCGUCAUGUUGGAAGGUGUCAUCGAAUCAACUGGCAUGACGACUCAAGCCAGGAGCUCGUACCUGCCCUCUGAAAUUUUAUGGGGACACAGAUUUGAACACAUAAUCACGUUCAAAAAGGAGACUGGGGAAUACGAAGUGAACUAUUCCUUGUUCAACAAUACCUACGAGGUUGACACACCGUUAUGCUCAGCGGCUGAUUUGGACAAACUUAGGACGAUGCAGCGAUCGAAAGGAGGUAUUUCAGAACGUGCGAGCAACAGCGGAUUCGCUCAUUAUCGCGAUGCGUCGAGCAGUUCUUUGACCACCGGAUCCGGUUCCAGCCUAGCGUCGUCAACAGGCGGAUUGCACAUGAACGUGCCGAUGACGCUCACUCCGAUUCCAGUUAUGAUCACCGGCCCUGACGGUUCUCUUAGACGCGAGAGCAUGCAAAGCGCGCAAACUGACUUAAAGCAGUCCAUAUUUUACACGCAAAACGAGUUCCUGGACGGUGAUCCGCACGUUUUAAAUCAUUAUUCCCACGAGGAAUUAAGAAACCAAGAGGAUUAUGAUCGUGUAUUGGAAGAUAUAAACGCGACCUUAAGGAAAAAUCGGGCACCGAGUAAGGAAGACAGAAGAAUACACAGAGAACCGUCCAAGUGUACCUUAGACUCUAGGAAGAGCGAGUCGAGAGACACGAUAAAGAGAUCCAGUUCUAGGACGACGAUGGAUCAAGUUCCAGUUAUCAGCUCCCUAUCGAAAUCACCAUCGCGACAGCAUUUAGAUCCCAGACAUACCAAGUUCGCGGAAUCCUCGGAAGCGUAUCGCGAACCUUCGCCUCAUCCUCUCACCUCCUCGAGGUCCAGCCUGGGAGAGAAUCACAAGAGCCCGCAGAAAAAGACCAGCUUCAUCUUAGGCGACGUCGAACACCACGUGAUAGAUAUGGAGCCUAUGAAGGAGUUUCCCUCUCGGAACGCGUUGGAGGGCGAUUCAUCCAAAACGAAUCAUCUCCCUAGGCACGCUGUUUUCUAUCAGGAACAGGUGUAGGUGAGCAAACGUGGACCAUCGUUAACCACUUAACGCACGUAUUUAACGUGAUAUGUGUAUUUGAAGAUUGGGUUUCACUGAAUUAAUUGUUUUUGACAUCGAUCUUUGUGGAUUGAAAAACUACAGUAUUUUAUAAAUAAAGAUAUCCAUAUUGGUUCUAGUUUGAGCGAUUAUUAUAUGCAUUCAAGCUAUAGUAUCUUAUAUAUUUAAUUUAUACGAUAAUUUAUAUGAAUUAUGAAAGGUGUCCAUAUAUGUCAUAAAGAAACAUGUUGUGUAUAUAAUUGCAUUUUCGCUUGUUUUCCACUAUAUUGUAAUAAAUUUCCAUUAAUAAAUAAAGGAAUGAUCUGUGCGUUAAGGGGUUAAGGAGUUAAGUAGAAGGCUUAUGAGAAGACUUAUUUUAGUCUAGAGAAUUUCUUUUCUAGAAGAACCGCAAGAGGUUUGAUAUUAGCUUCCUCGUAUAUAUUGACAAAGAAUUUUCUUCAAACGAAUAUAGCUGAAUUGUACAGACUCUUGUACGUUUCG